ACGAUGCUAACCUUUCUGACAACACGACGGGACAAAGCCCUUCGUCACGCCGCCGUGUGGCAUCAGUCUGCGGUGUCUGGAGGAUGCGCGGAGCCGCUGUGGCCCGCUGCGACUUCAUGAUCAGCCGGGAGGUCUGGAGGCGACACAGCGAGAGUAACGGCUGAACACAACUCGGCCGCCCGUUCGGAGCCUCGGUGGGUCGGAGGGCUAAUGACGAAGCUAGCGGCUGCAGGAGGCUGGGACGGGCAGCCAGACAUCCGAGCUGGAAGCAGGUGGGCCAGAGAUGGGAAAUGACACCGCACUGCUCCAAAUCCAUCCGCUUGAGCGAAGGAGGAGAGUCCCUGAGGCGAAAUAUCCCGGGAGAGAAACCCGUUUGGUUGUAUUAACGCUGUAACCGUUUUUUUUUCCUGCCGCAUCCACACAGCGCCGAGUUGCUUUUCGUUUUUCAUCACUUUGCAGAAAUGUCCUUCACAAUGGAGGAUAAUUUGGAGUCGGGCUGGGUAGCUGUUCGCCCCAAUGCGUUUGAGGAGAAGGAGAAGCAUAAAUUUGUGUUUAUCGUCGCCUGGAAUGAGGUGGAGGGUAAAUUUGCCAUUACGUGUCACAACAGGACGGUUCAGAGGAGAAGCUUCGGUAGAGACCCUCCGCUGGAGACGACCAGUCUGGAUGGGGACAAAACAAAAUGGCCCGAAAGUCCGGUCAGGGAUAAAGUGUCCAGGAGCCCUAGCAAAGCAACCGCCGAGGCUAAAGGAUGCAGCCCCAAAACCAAGAUAACACCGAAACCGAGCCCCGUCAAAAUACAAACCGUGCUUAAACCCGCGGCGUCCCCCGUCAGCCCGGACACCGACAGAGAGGAGCUGUCUCCGUCCCUGGACUGCCUGGACCUGGAGGAGCUGGACAGCCUGAGCCGGGAGGACUGCAGCUGGGCCGGACUCUUCUCCUUCCAGGACCUCCGGGCGAUCCACCAGCAGCUCUGCUCGGUCAACUCGGUCCUGGAGCCCUGCCUGCCGGUGUUUCCCGAGGAACCGGCCGGGAUGUGGACGGUGCUGUUCGGCCCGGCGGAAGUGUCCGAGACGGAGAUGGACGAGCUGUGCUACAGAUUGCAGGUGUACCUGGGUCAUGCGCUCGACACCUGCGGAUGGAAGAUCCUGUCGCAGGUUCUGUUCACGGAAAACGACGACCCGGAUGAGUACUACGAGAGCCUGAGCGAGCUGAGGCAGUCCGGGUAUGAGGAGGCGCUCAGCCGGGCGACAAAACAUCUGCAAGAGCUGCUGGAGAAGCACAAGGCCAUGGACAGCAUGGUGGAGCUGCUGGAGCUAUAUGAGGAAGAAGACCAGGCCUAUGGAGGUCUGCUGGAGGCCUCCACACAGCUAUACCAGUACCUUCUGCAGCCCUUCAGAGACAUGAGGGAACUAGCAAUGCUACGCAGGCAGCAGAUCAAGAUUUCCAUGGAGAAUGACUACUUGGGCCCAAGGCGCAUUGACGGUCUAAAAAAGGAGGACUCUGACUGGCAGAAGAAAGCUCAGGAGGCCGUCCUCAACAUCCAGGAGUUUACAGUAAAAUACUUUGAGAUCACUGCCAGAGCCCAGAAAGGGGUAUACGAGCGCAUGAAAGUGGACCAGCGUAAGUUUGGUAAAUCUUCGUGGACGGCGGCGGUGGGGCGCAUGGAGAGACUGCGCUAUUCUGUCGCCAAGGAAACCCUGCAGCUCCAGAGAGCCAGGGAGAUCUGUCUGGAACAGAGAAAACACACGCUCAGAGACGAGAUGCAGAGUCUGUGCAGCAGCGAGGAUGCGAUGGCCCUCUUAGACCACAUGGAGACACAGUACUAUGAGCUCCAGCUCCAGCUGUAUGACAUCCAGGCUGAGAUACUACAGUGUGAAGAGCUGCUGCUCACUGCUCAGCUGGACAGCAUUCGUAGACAGAUGACAGAGCAUCAGGAUGCGGUGGUGUACUAUGACACCUUUGAAAGUGCAGACGAUAUUACAGAGGAUGAUACUGCGGAGAGAGAAGAGCUGCGCAGACUUCAGGUCAGCGCUCGACAGCUGGAGGCAAGAAGGGGGCGCAUCACUGCCAAGCGCUCCUAUCUGAGGAACAAGAGGGAGAUCUGUGUUUCCAACCACACCCAGAAACAGCAGAGACGCCAAACCAUCCACAAGGACUCUAUACCUCACCACAUGUUACAGCUCAAAAAUGAAGACGAGGAAGAUGAGGAAAGGAAGAACAGCAGAGUAAGUCAGGAGAGGCAGAGAACUCUGGACAGACUACGCACUUUCAAACAGCGGUACCCAGGUCAGGUGAUCCUGAAGUCCACUCGGCUACGCGUGGCUCACACCAGAAGGAGAGAGCGAGGAAGAAGCAUGGAAAUGAGCAGCGUGAGUGAGAGGGAGGAGCGCGUGGACUCUGUCUGCGUCCAGACGCAGGGCCAGCCCAUGUGCCUGAGCACCAGCGUGCAGACGGACCCCAGCCCCAGCUCCACCCUCACCACUCAGCCCGUCACGGCCCUCACAGCGUCACUCCCUCCGCUGCCCGUGCCCAGUCCUGCAGACUCCUCCUGCUCUCCCUGCUCCCUGUCCUCGCUGCUGGCGUCCCCUAUCUCCCCUCGUCCGCCGCCUCCCCCUCCGCCUCCGCCGCCAACAAAGGAGGACUUGUCACCUUCUGGGAGUCCGGGCCGCCACGGGCAGAAGGCCGAGGGGAAGAGUGCAGCAGAGGAGCUCACUCUGUCUCCACUCGGCCCAUUCAUCCCUCGCUUCUUUGACAGCAGCCAACUGGUGAGCGCUCGGAAAAAGCUGAAGAAGACUCCAGAGUUCGACUCCCACAGCAGACGAGUGAGCUCACCCAUGGACGAGGUUCUUGCCUCCCUAAAGAGAGGCAGUUUCCACCUGAAGAAGGUCGACCAGCGCGCCCUGGCUGCUAAUAAGGGUGACGAAGACCCCAACAGCAUCCUGGCUCAGAUUCGCAAGGGGGUCAAACUUAGGCGCGUCCCCUGUAAAGAGAGAAAAGACCAGGGAGAGCUCCCGCCCUCCACCGACCCCCUGACCAGGAGCAUCCACGAGGCGCUGCGACGCAUCAAGGAGGCCUCGCCAGAGUCUGACUCCGAUGAUGACGGGAUGGCCUGCCCUGACUGGGAAAGCUAGGGUCCAAGGCUCAAUAAACAACACACACAGAUGACUGAAGUCUCUGGCACUGCACACACUGUACUGUACUGCAGAGUGCUGCGCUGUACUAUAAACACACUCCAACACAUGCAGUUACUCACUCAUUCAAGCACGCACAGCCCAGUCACACAUGUACCGAGUGACUAUGCCAAGGCCAGAGUCAUACUGAUUAUCACCAAAUGCUCCAAAGGUCUAUGGUCAAUCUGUUCAUUUGUUUUUCACACCACAUUUUCCAUCAUGAAGGAUAUUACUAGUGUUUUUGUUUUUUUUUUAUUUCUACUGUCUGUCACUGUGGUUUCAUUCCUGUAAUCAGACUAUACUGAUGCCAUGUUUGUUUUUUUUUUAUUAUCACUUGUACUGUCGUAAAGCUCUGCACAUAACAGCCACUUGUUUGUGGAAUUGAAAACUGUAAGAAGUUCUCAGAGCUGUGUGAUCUUUCCACUCACCUCAGAGCGUUACACAAAAUGUAUGGUUGUUAAUUUGGGGUCAUGUGGAAGAUUGAAAAACCAACUGAAGAUGGCACAACGAUUCCAACAGGGAUCACUGAAGUUACCGUCCAGAUUGUAAAACAUCCCACCACCAGACAUCACCUCUCUGCUUUUUUUCCUAUCAACCAGCGUGCUCUGCCUGAGCCUCACUACGUUGCCCGUCUGGUUUUGUCUUGUCUCCUGUGGGUGUGGUAGUGUCAGAAAGUAUAUGGACCACUGCUUGUCUAAUCAGACACUGCACAAAUACUUUAAAUCCGUUAGUCUGUGACACCAGCUUUCUGCCCUUCCCCCGCUCUUGUCCUCUUCUGGCCCAACUCUCACCCUCUCUCAGGGCGAGGGAAUAUGUAUUGGCCCAUCUGUUCGACCACAGCAUAUGGCCUGGCUGGUGGGAGAUAUAGAGGGUACAGUAGGUUUAUGAUUAUUUGCCACAUCCAACAACAUCUCUAAUCUGAAGCUGGUCACCUAGAGUAGGAGAGGAUUAGGCGAGGGGUCAUCGGCGGUUUCUUUAGCGAGGUGGAGGUCAUGGUUAGUGUCAGUAUACUUUGUGAAGUGUGGGAAGAUCUGGUUGGUGAUUCCCGAACUUUGUAUGUGGGAUGGUCACGGCAGAGCCGCGAAACCGGUCACGCUUGUUUGAAUGAUGGAUGGUUUGUGGGAGGUUAGAUUCUCUCAGCGCUGUGGGGAGUCAAUGUGGGCCGUGGAGCCGGCGGUCGUGAUUGAUGUGGUUUCUUCUGCCAUCUUUUUCACUUUCUCCACUGCAUCUUUUCUAAUUUCUUUCUCUGCACUCGGUGGGCAGAAGCACACAGUAGGAGGUCUGUUACUCACAGUGCUGGAAGUGAAAACAUGCACACAUGGGCUCGCACACUAAAUUCACAGCCAUCAUGUGCAGAGACAUUUUACAGGCAAAGUGAGACCUCUCACAGCCUCGUUUAACAUGUUUUUUUUUUUUCAGAGAUGGUUUCAGCACUUUCAUGAUACAAAUUCUGAAUCACUUUAUCUGUACAGUAACAGUUUUGUUGUUUAAUCACUGACGAAGCAUACAGUUUAUCUGUAGUAGAUGAGUAAGUUUAAGAGCACUGAAUAACUUGUGGAAUUGGACCUAAGUGAUGAGAGGAGCUGAGCAGGAAUUCACACUCACGUAACAUGAAGCGAAAAGAUGUGGAUUCAUAAACGAAGUUCUAAAGGAGAGCUUCAGCAUGCACUGUCUUAAACAGCUUUUGAUGCAAAGAUUUGAGCUUUUCUCUCGUGAUCGCAUUGAGAGCCAUUCACAGAUUAACCACGAGGGAGACACUAAUGCAGAAAGAAAAGGCACAGAUGUAUAUGUCACAACUUGAAAAUAACUCAGUGCUUAAGAGGGUUUAUUGUUUUCCUGGCAGAGCAAACCUGAAGCACUGGUACAUGUCUUCUACAACUGUCAGCACAAUGUUCUUCCAUGGUACCCUCAUCACGUACGUAGCAUGAGACAGAUCUAACCCUGACCCGACCCUUAACUUAAAUCUUACUCCAGAACUCACAUGACUUAAUGCCACUAUAACUGACCAGAAGACGAUAGUGCUAAGGUUUUAUGUUGCUCCUCCAAAAAAACGGCCAGUACGCUCAAAGCAUUUGGAAAAGCGGGCUCAGGAGGUGACGCCUUUGAGCCAACUAUCUCUCACCUGACUGACCUGACCGACUGUCAUGUGUUUUGCACUUACCUUGAACUAUAAAUAAACCUUAACACAGCUUGUUUGUCAGCGAACUGUAAUUUUUGCAUUGCUUUGUUUGUGUCCUGUUUUAUUCUCCAAAGCAUUUCCAGCCAAAUCGUUUUGUGAUGCUUCUGAACAUGUCCUCUAACCCGACCUGUUAUCCACACAGGCUGACUAUAUGACCCUCUCUCUGGAUACCAGUCAGUCACUUUAAAAGUGCAAUAUCAAAAUAGAGAAAUACAAAAAAAAAGGGAUGAAUCAGCUUCAGGGGUGAUAAUGAAUUCAGACUGAUUGCCUAAAACAAUGGACUAACUAAACAUUGCAGUUUUUACACCGUAGUGUAUUGACAAACUGUUCCAAGAAUACCUUUUUGCCUUUUGUCCUACCAUUUUCAUUUAUUCAACUUGUUUUUUUUUGUUUUUUUUUAUUAUUUACAACCUUGCCCUUGCAUUUGAAUAAAACCUUGUGAAGCAAA